UACCACCCGCCAGACCCCGGCGCGUGCUCUAGCCCCACCCACUUUUACCUCUAGCCAAUUUGGCCGGCCGGAAGGUCGUUUUAACUACGCCCCUUCGCGCCAGCCGACCAAUAAGAGCCGGUUACGGGCGGGGGCUGGUGGUCGCCGGGGAAGUUAUAAAGGGAGGUGCGGCUGGCGGGAAAGGGAAGAUGGCGGAGUAGACACGCGUUGCUCUCUUGUGCUGUCCCGUCAGCACCCCUGUGGGGAGCGGCGACUGGAGCCCGGAUCCCAACCCGGUCCCGGUGUGAGGCGGAGGGAGGAGGAGGCCGCCGCCGCCGCCGCGAUGCCCAACAUCAAGAUCUUCAGCGGGAGCUCGCACCAAGACCUGUCCCAGAAAAUCGCCGACCGCCUGGGCCUGGAGCUCGGCAAGGUGGUGACCAAGAAGUUCAGCAACCAGGAGACAUGUGUGGAAAUAGGUGAGAGCGUGCGUGGAGAGGAUGUCUACAUUGUGCAGAGUGGCUGUGGUGAAAUAAAUGACAACCUGAUGGAGCUUCUCAUCAUGAUAAAUGCCUGCAAGAUCGCAUCAGCUAGCCGUGUCACUGCAGUCAUACCAUGCUUUCCUUAUGCUCGCCAGGACAAAAAGGACAAGAGUCGAGCCCCAAUUUCUGCCAAGUUGGUUGCUAACAUGCUGUCUGUGGCGGGUGCAGAUCACAUCAUCACCAUGGACCUACAUGCUUCUCAGAUUCAGGGUUUUUUUGAUAUCCCUGUGGAUAACUUGUAUGCAGAGCCUGCUGUACUGAAGUGGAUCAAGGAGAACAUUGCAGAGUGGAAGAACUGUACUAUUGUUUCACCAGAUGCUGGUGGAGCAAAGAGAGUGACAUCCAUUGCAGAUCGGCUGAAUGUGGACUUUGCCCUCAUUCACAAGGAGCGAAAGAAGGCUAAUGAGGUGGAUCGCAUGGUGCUGGUGGGUGAUGUGAAGGACAGAGUGGCCAUUCUGGUAGAUGACAUGGCAGACACCUGUGGCACCAUCUGCCAUGCAGCAGACAAGCUUGUAUCAGCUGGAGCCACCAAAGUUUACGCUAUCCUAACUCAUGGGAUCUUUUCCGGGCCAGCCAUUUCCCGGAUAAACAAUGCCUGCUUCGAGGCAGUUGUAGUCACAAACACAAUACCGCAGGAGGACAAGAUGAAGCACUGCUCCAAAAUCCAGGUGAUUGACAUCUCAAUGAUCCUUGCAGAGGCCAUCAGGAGGACUCAUAAUGGGGAAUCUGUCUCCUACCUAUUCAGCCAUGUCCCCUUAUAACAGAUGCUGGCUGCUGCUUGUGUGGCUUUUUUUAAAACCAAAAGUUGUUCAGCUAAUUAUAAAGUUCAUUAGAAGACUCUGCUUGUUCCAGUGCAGCUCUCCACAGCUCCUCCUCUGCACACAUCAGGCUCACUGAGUCUGAGCUCAGUUCUGGGAGGGGGUGGGGUGGAGGGCACACAUCUGUAAUGCUCAGGCUCCUGCCCGUAGCAUCCCACUGUGAUCUCCUCAAUAGUUUAAGCUUCCAGUAGUAUUGAGUCAGCACUGCAGAUCCCUGGAAAGUGGAAUUGACAUGUCCACUUGCCACAACCUUUUUUUGGAGGGGAAGUUUUGUCUAUGGGGAGGUUAGACUACUUUGCAUGCACGCCUGGAUUUUUUUGUAUGAGAAGUAGAACUCCUAAGGACAUGCUGGCCUGGAACUACAGCAAGAGUCCAAGGGAUUGCUGACCCACAUCACUUACUCUGUACCUGACAGAAGCCCUUAACAAGGUGGUAUAAGGAAGUCUUGUAUGUUGACCAAGUUUCUGACAAGAAGUUUGGCGCUAUGGGGUGGGACGGCAGUUUCCUCUUCCAGAAGGAGAUCAAGGAUCUGUCACCUGCAGCCUGGGAUGCGGCAUAUUAAAACCCUGAAUUCAGAUUGUUCUACUGAAGAAACUUGUUGCCCUCUAGUUUUCCCCUCCUUUCCAGUCCAUUAGUGAGUCUAGCCUUCCUGACCUGUAUGUUCCUUGGACAUGUAUCUGUGGAGUAGAUCAAAUGGGCUGAUAUGUUACUUCCUAUUAGAAGUUUUAUUUCCAUGCAUUUUAGCCCCAUCUCUCAUGAAGUUUCUGAUGUAUUUUGUUCUGGUUGCAGUAUUUGCACCCCACAUUUACUUUUUGCUAUGGCCGAUACCAGAAUCAGCCAUCUCUACAAAAUCCUCUCCCCCACCCCCCCAAGGAAUCUUGGGAAUGUUAAUGGAGGAAGAGGUAGGCUGCAGGACUUUGGAGGCCUUAGGAAGUGCUAAGGAUGGCUGAGUCAGCCAGCUGUUCUUCAUGUAAGGUGCUCAGUGAUAGUAGGUCAGGUGAGACUUGUUCCCUCUGCAGCUUUUAUUGACGUUUUCUCAAUGUCACACUUAACUCCAGGCAGUAACUUUCCUAAAGUAGGAAGAGAAGAAACAAUCAAGCCUAGAGCUGUCUCCAGUGCUCCUGCCUGUAGAAUAGGCAUCAUACAAAACUUGAAUGCAUGGUAGUUGCACCAUCCCACAAUAAGUGGUUAAAUCAGUCUUUCCUGGACUCUUACGAGGUAGCAGACCAAGCUGGUUCUUGUAUGCAUUUUGCUUUUAUAAACAGUCUUCUCUAACUUUGGAGAUAGGGAAGGGAGUUAUUUGGAGUCACUUGUAUCUACAGCCAGUGUCAGGUGAGAGAUUUAAUGGGUGGCGGAUAAGUGUAGCUGGAAAAGCUGGCUGUCUAGAUUUGGAGUGGUUCUUUUAGUUGUUAGGUAUUGUGCCUUUUUUAAGUAAGAUUUUCCCCUCUCCCUCCCUUGAAUUUUUGUCUUGCAGUAACUUAAAACCCUACACUGUAAGAAGUGUGGGGGGGGUUAUAUAAGAAGUUGGUGUUUGUCUGAAAAGUGUGUAUGUUUGCUUCUUUGCUUUGCAUCCUGCAUUGAGCUCAACUGAGGGUCUAUCCAGGACUUCUGCCUCCUACUUCAAAGCUCCUGCUGGUUCACUGCCAAUACAUUGUGAUCAAAAGCCAAGAGCAAGGACAUCAAAGCAGUGUGAGGAUUUUCAGCAGCAUUUGUGUUAAACUAAAACCUCAAUGAAGGAAUUAAACUUUUGUUUAAAAAACAAGAA